AUGGAUUCGCUCCCGGUUCUGGGAUAUUGGAAAAUCCGCGGGGUAUAUUACUGUUGUUCGAUUCUUUAAUGACGGUUAUCACGGUUUCCCUUGAUUGUCCUCUUUAGAUGCAUUAAUUCUAGUAUCCCUGUUCUUUGCGGGCAAUUUUUGACUACUAAUAUGUUAUCAGUCUCACUUGGUUGAUCGUGCAUGUCCGCUUAGACUCAUAAUUUUGCGGAUACGUUAGCGCCUUUAUGCUGCAGUUAAUGAGUCGAUCUGUGUUCUUUGGUUUUACAGACUGAUUUGGCGAUGUAUCAUCGCCUUUCCUGAUUUCACGUAUGAAAAUUGUUCACUGUGCUCACGUUAGACUAAAAAGCCGAGCGUCUGCGCCAGAAUGUACAUGAAAUCAAUCGGGUGGUAUUGCCAGACCCAGCCCUUGUGAUCAUACUGAUCCCAGCUGACUGAACGAGGAAUCUGCGUUAGUGAUGUUUACAUCGUACAAUUAUUUAAGGCAGUUGUAUUUUUUGGGGUCAGGUGCAAAUAAUGCUAUCGUUUGUUCCCACUUACCGUAGGUUUUCACUGGGUCCCUUAAAUCUGCAAAUGACUAAGUUUCUUUGUUUCACGUUUCAGUUGGCCCAAGCCAUCCGUCUCCUCUUCCACUAUUUGGGUCAAGAAUACGUCGAGGAGUUAUAUGAGGCCGGCGGACGUAAUUUAUCGCUAUUUGUUAUAUUUUUCAGCUCCCGAUUUCUCUAGAGAACCAUGGCUUAAACAUAAAUUCAACAAAGGUCUCGACUUUCCUAACGUAAGCCGACUUCACACACGCCACACUUGGUUAGCUGCCGUACUUAGUCGAUGACGGAUUCAAAAUCACACAGUCCGGUGCUAUCUUGGAGUAUGUGGCUGACAAGCAUGGAAUGCGUGAGUUGCUCACUGUCGUUUCUCUGUAGUAUCCAUAGCUUUGCUUGGCAUUUUGACCGGACCUCUAUUGACUCAUAUGUAGCUUUAUGUUGGUUUCCAUGCCAGUUGUCUUGCUGGUGGCUGCGUCUGUAAUCUUUAAAGAUUGUUGGCCUCCAGGGUUUCAGCACAAAUAUCGGCGAAGCGAUCUCGUUAUUUAUUUUUCGUCAACAUCGAUUAAGUUGAGAGUAUCCCGGCAACAUUGAUACCGGUAACUUCAGUGGCUCAAGUUUGUUGGGAUAUCUGUCUAGCAGUUGUUGACUUUUAUGACGUCCCUCCGUUUAAGUCUGUCUCAUACGAUUUCUGCCUUUAGGGAUGCGGUUUUGCUACUUGUACUGUUGAUCUAGGUGGGGAACCGUAGACGAUUAUGGUUAGUAGUUGUUGGGUGGCUUGUUUCAUUUUACGUUUUCUUUUUAAUGCCUAUGUUCAAAAGAGUAUUCCUAACUGUCCUCAUGUUUUCGACCCGUAACGCUCUCCUUUUAAUCAUAGUCCCGACUUCUGCAAAGGAACGUGCUGUCUUGCACAUGUUACAGAACGAAUUGUCUGACUUCAGAGCAAGUUAUGCUCGCCUUGUCUACAACCCUGACUUUGUAAGUUUUUCGCAUUGCUCUAACGCGCGUUGUACAAUAGUGAUGUUUCUGGCCAGGUGCCGGUUUUUCUUGUGUCAUUGUUUUCCAUCCAUGCAUAAAUCACUACAUCGACCACUUGUAUUAAAGCGGCAUUUUGUUUUGGUAGAGCAAGCUUAAACAAGGGUUCUUGGAUGAGUUGCCUCAAAAGCUUCGAUUGUGGUCCAACUACUUAGGCGACAAACAAUGGCUGACUGGUGACAAGGUAAUUGGCAACUCUCUUCUUUCUGCCCGCGUCAGUCUUGUUUUUCGUUGCCACUGCAUUGAGAUGGUGGCAAUUAAUGCUUUAUUCAUUUCAGUGAUUUUCUUAGCAUACUGCGUUUUUCGCGUGCAGAACUUCAUCUAUAUUCCGUUUAUCGACUCUAGUUUUGAAUGCUCUGCCACUUUUCUGAAUCGGGCUUUGUUAAGUGAACCUACACGCAGCCGCAGGGGAUAGUUAAUGGGCUGGCUCUCUUCUGAGGAACGUUGCAGGGGACUGGAAAAAAAAGUAGAUUGGUGCAGGCAGCCUUCCAAGCAAUUACUUUACUAAUCGCUUUAGGGUUCCCUCUCAAUGCGACAAUGGCGGGAAAAUGUUGAGCUUUGCUGAUGAUGUCGGACAGGCUGUCAACGACGUCCUCCCGACAUCUCCGCAAAUAUUCAGUCACGUGGUGUUCGGAGGCCGGUUGUACAGCCAAUCAGGUUGACCAUAUUCUAGUCAGCUCGAGACCCCAUAACUGGGUACAUAAUAGCGAAUAGGUACGUGGUAGUUAAUGGUAUUUUCUCGGUACUGAACUACCAUGUGCAAUGUACACGGUGACUUCCUGAAAACUGUCAAGGUCGUAGGCUUUCUCAUAUUAAGUCCAUUUCUCCAAGGAGUCUUCUCCAACCAGCAGCGUCGCGCGACCUUCCUCUGCAAGAGAAAAUCACAGGCGCAGUAUUAGGCUGCGGAACAAUGCGUCUAUAAAGACGUCCUAGGACUGUUGCCUAGGCCCGAAGGGUAGUUAGGUGGGUGUGGGAAGACAAGGUUGUUCCUAAUGGCCGGCAUUCUGCCAUCUCUUGACUUGUCAUAAAGGAAAUUAUACGUGGUGUGAGAAAGACGGCGUCUUAAUUCGCAUUUCUGUAAAGGUCUUCGUCAUUUGUUAUCCUUUGGCGAUGCUGGAAUAUGUGUGACUCGAGGACGCGGCCCCCUUAAGCCGUUUUUCAUGGUGGUUGUGGAUGAUCCCACAAAAUGUUCACACUAGCUCUUUGCUGAACUUCGCGAUGGCCUUCGGUGUGCGACAACCAUUUACCUCGUCAAAUUCGUCGCAGUGUUAGAUUCAGUUAACCGUGGGCUCCUAUGGUUGAGAAUCGCGCUGGGCGAUAUUGCGGCAGCAAUUACGGCUGUGAACAAGGCCUGCCAUUGCACCACUGCUGCGUGGACUCCGCUCAGCAACAGCCUGACUUGCAAGGUCCUCGAGAGGAUCCCACGCGGUUUCAGUGGUGUCCAGUUGUUAUCGGGACGCUACCGGACUGACAUAAACUGCGCUAACUAUAUUGGCUUGUCAGCGCCAAGCUGUAAUGGCUUACAGAAAGUUGUGUCGUGGGCACUUUGGGUCGCCAAAUCAGUCGGUCUAUCUUUAAGUGCUGGAUAAAUUGAAUCUUCUCGAACUGCGUCUUUAGUUAGACGGCUUUAAAUAUGUUGGGGUGAAGUUGUCUCCAGGAGGUCAGGGUAAGGCCUGAUCUGCUGGAUCCACAGAGUGGUCAAUUGACCGUGUAUUCGAUAGUUAUGCAUUUAAUGUGCUCACCUCUGUCCCUUAAUUAUCAAGUAUUUCCUAGGAGCUAGGUCCCCUUCAUCUUCCGGCUUCCACCUGCCCUGUUUGUCACUAGCUUUUGCGAGCAUGCGAACCUGGGAACCAAUUAAGUGUCACCAACGUCUUACGGCUAGGAACACAACGGAUAGUUAGCAGAAACCAAGUGUCCGAGGAAUUAGAGGCCCCAAACAAGCAAAGUGGUAAAACAACCUCUGGAAAUUCAUAUCACCGACUGUGUCGGUAAAAGCACUUCGCAGAUCCUUCGCCUCAGCACGAACGUCCAUAUUCUUAUGUUACCGUUUUUCGGUCAACGCAGAUUCAAUACCCGGAUUUCAAUCUCUAUGAUUUUUUGGAUGCACUAAGGAACCUGGAGCCCUCUUGUCUAAAGGAUUUUCCAAACCUUCAACGGUAUAUGGAACGGUUUGAGGUUAGUACAGGUUUUACUUACCAAUAUUUGUUGCGUGACUCAUAGAAAUAGAUGUCACGUUGUUUCUGUGUUCUUUACCCAAAGAUAAAUCUGCAGAGCGAGUUAAGUGUCCGUCCUUUCAAUGGCGCUUAAACGACCUAUCUGCGUGACGUCCAGAGACCCUCACGAUCGCGCAAUUUGGUCUGCAGCUAAUGCCGCCAGAGACUAAAUUACUGCGCCCUGUUUUCUUUUGUGCGGGAUUAUAAAUGUUUGGGGCUGGUAUCCAGCCCUACGAUUUAUCUAUAAAACAGCGAUGUUCUUGUCCUGCUUCUGAUGGCCCAUUUCUAAGUUGCAUGUACAGGGAGCGUAUGUACCUACGAAUGCAGGAAGCUAGUAGGAUCAAUUCCGUAGUCAAUGAUAAUCGUGCACUGUCUUAUUUCGGGACCUACACCCAAUCCGAAUGUGCUCUGGUAUUUAAACUUGUGUCCUCUCUCCAUUCACGUUGUUUUGCGGCCUCUUGUUACUCCAGCUUUGCAUAUAAAACUUGCAGCUAUUGGGUUUUCUAACUAGUGCCUUUUUCUAUCACCCUCACUGAUGUCUUUUCUUUCAGGAUUUGGAUAAAAUCAAGGAAUUCCAGAAGUCGGAUGCAUACAUAGCCCGUCCGUUCAACAAUACUGUUGCCGCCUGGCGUGGUGAUGCUUAA